AUGCUUGUAUCAUGUAGCCCAACAACGGACAAACUAGAUUUCCGCUACAAAACCGAAGCCGAGUACGACAAAUGCAGCAAGGCGCAAAUGCGCGAAUUGACCAUGGCCAAUCUAGACGUCAUAAUAGCCGCUAUGAAACUACAGGGCAUGAAAUAUCGGCACUUUCACGGUCUGGACAUAAUCGACAACUUCUACCACCGGCUAAUCAAUAGAGCCCAACAGUAUAUGCCAGUCAUGUAUGCCGUGAUGGACGCAUACGAGCCGCCACCAAAUAUCACCAUGUUCAAACACAAUGUGGAGUAUUACAUAGGUUCAUCGUUUGAAGAGUAUAGGUAUAUGGAAGCCAAGUUGGAUGUGAGGCGCAAAAAUAUGCUCAAGGUAACUGACAGUGAGCAAGUGCUGCGAGAUAAAUUGACCAAGUUACAAGAGACUAUUUUGCGCAUGGUCUUAUGGGCGUCCAAUUAUAUUAAGACUAAACGUCAGGACACUUUGUGGGGUUCCCUACAUAUACAGAUUCACGAUUUAGUACAGCACAUAUUCACCGAGUUGAACGCUGACCUUGAUAAAAUGCCUAAUGGUGUCAAGAAGGCAAAAGCGCUUCAUACACUUAAAAUUAAAAUUAAGCAUGUUAAUAACUACGCAAAACAGAAAAUGGACCCUGAUACAGAUUUACCUCGAGUGGUGGCUUUAGAGCAAUACGAUGGCGACGGGUUUAUGCACCUGAUCGCUCAGGACAGCACAGGCCGUGUAUUUAAUGUGGCCCGAGAGAAAUAUGUGAAAAACCUGGAGUUGUUAUUCAACCUUCCGUUUCAACGCAUUUCGUCUGAUAACUCGGAUCCGAGUCUACAGAGAGUGAGGAUUACUAAAGAGAAGACACCGGAAAACACUAGACUUAUAGUCGACGCCAACGAUAAACCCGUGGCUUAUGUUAAAGUCCAGUAUUGA